AUGUCACAUUUCAAGUCACAGCACUGUAAACUAAUUUCCGUACGUUUUUCCUUUCUCGCUUACAGCGACCUCCAGGGCAACAACAUCACCGUCAUCUAUGAAUCCGACUUCCAGAACCUGUCGAAGCUGCGAAUAUUGCAGCUGACUGACAACCAGAUCUACACGAUAGAAAAAGAUGCACUAAUCGAUCUUUUAUCUCUGGAGCGAUUACGACUUAAUAGCAAUCGCUUAAAAUCAAUACCAGAUAAUUUUUUAUCAAGCGCUGCUAAUUUAUUACGAUUAGACCUGUCCCACAAUGCCCUCGCGGCAGUUCCAAAGCGUGCUUUCAAAGGCGCCACUUCACUGCGGAGCUUGCAACUGGAUAAUAACCAAAUCACUUGUCUGGAUGAACACGCUAUCAAAGGACUAGCGGAGCUGGAGAUAUUGACGCUCAAUAACAACAACAUCACAACCCUGCCGCGUGACAUGUUCUCCGGAAUGUCCCGGCUACGGGCGCUGCGCCUCUCGGAGAACCCAUUCGCGUGUGAUUGUCAUCUGUCGUGGUUGGCACGGUAUCUGAAGAACGCACCACGCCUGGCACCGUACACACGAUGCCACUCGCCCAGUCAGCUCAAGGGCCAAAACGUGGCCGAUUUGCACGAACAGGAGUUCAAGUGUUCAGGUCUCACCGAGAACGCUCCCAUGGAAUGCGGGGGAAGGAGCCUCUGUCCACAUCCGUGCCGGUGUGCUGAUGGUAUUGUUGAUUGUCGUGAAAAAAGUUUGACCAGUGUCCCUGCCACACUGCCGGAAGACACAACCGAACUGCGGUUGGAGCAAAAUUACAUCACCGAAAUCCCUCCGAAAGCAUUCGCGAACCAUCGCCGGCUGAAGCGGAUAGAUCUGUCCAACAACAAUAUUUCGCGGGUUGCGUACGAUGCCUUCAGUGGGCUCAAAUCACUUACUUCGCUUGUCCUUUACGGCAAUAAAAUCAAAGAUUUGCCAGCGAGUGUUUUCAAAGGAUUAACAUCCCUGCAGCUGCUGCUACUGAACGCAAACGAAAUCACGUGCGUACGAAAGGAUGCCUUUAAGGAUCUCCAGAAUUUGAGUUUGUUAUCGUUGUAUGACAACAACAUUCAGACUCUUGUCAAUGGAACAUUCGAUUCGCUGAAGAGCAUCCAAACUUUGCACUUGGCACGUAAUCCCUUCAUUUGCGAUUGUAAUCUACGGUGGCUUGGAGACUAUUUGCAUCAAAACCCCAUUGAAACCAGCGGAGCCCGUUGUGACUCUCCAAAGCGCAUGCAGCGACGCCGUAUCGAGGCGCUUAAGGACGAGAAGUUUAAAUGCACGGAAGACCACAGCAAAAUCAAAUACGCUGGUGAGUGUCGGAUGGAUCAAGAAUGCCCGGCUGCUUGCCACUGCGACAGGACAACGGUGGAUUGUUCAGCACGUGGGUUGAAAGAAAUUCCCAGAGACAUUCCACUGUACACGACAGAACUCAUACUUAACGACAACGAAUUGACUCGAGUUCGCUCGGAUGGCCUAUUCGGACGGCUACCAAAUUUGGUCAAGCUGGAUCUACGGCGGAACCAAAUUGCCAACAUCGAACCGAAUGCCUUCGAGGGGGCUACCAAAAUUCAGGAACUGUUUAUGAGCGAGAACAAAAUAUCCGAAGUGCACAACAAAAUGUUCCUGGGAUUACAUCAGCUGAAAACUCUAUCGCUGUAUGAUAACCUAAUCAGCUGUGUAAUGCCUGGUUCAUUCGAUUUUUUGUCUUCGCUGACUCAGCUUAACCUCGCCUCGAAUCCGUUCCGCUGCAAUUGCCAUCUGGGUUGGUUCUCGGACUGGCUACGAAAGAAACAGCUUGGCGGACCUCCGGCACGAUGUGCCUCUCCGGCCAAGGUACGCGACGUUCCCGUAAAAGAUUUGCCCCAUUUUGAGUUUAAAUGUACCUCCGAAGCCGACCAGGGAUGCCUCGGUGAAGGUUACUGUCCUCCAUCAUGUACCUGCACUGGAACGGUCGUUCGAUGUUCCAGAAAUAAGCUGAAGGAAUUUCCGAAAUCCAUUCCCACCGAAACGACCGAACUCUACUUGGAGUCUAACGAUAUCUCGAUGGUUCACACAAAUAGGAUCAGUCACUUGAAGUCACUGACGCGAUUGGAUUUGAGUAACAACAAAAUUGGAAUUCUAUCAAACUACACAUUCUCCAAUUUGACUCGACUUUCUACGUUAAUCAUCAGUUAUAACAACCUUCAGUGCAUUCAGCAAUACGCUCUUGCUGGAUUGAAGAACUUGAAGGUACUCUCGCUUCACGGCAAUCAUAUUUCGAUGAUUCCCGAUGGAUCGUUUGCUGAUCUUCAAUCAAUUACCCACAUAGCACUUGGUAGCAAUCCACUGUACUGUGAUUGCUCACUGAAAUGGCUAUCGGAAUGGGUCAAACGGGAUUACGUCGAGCCGGGCAUUGCUCGCUGUGCAGAACCGGAACUAAUGAAGGACAAACUCAUUCUCUCCACACCAGCUAGUCAGUUCCUUUGUAAGGGAAAGAUUAGCAAUGAAAUCAUGUCAAAGUGUGACGCAUGCUAUACGUUCCCAUGCAAGAAUAAUGCCGUGUGUAAUCCACUUCCUGAAAGACAAUACGAAUGUCAGUGUCCUCCGGGCUACCAUGGAGCACAUUGCGAGUUCAUGAUUGAUGCAUGUUACGGAAAUCCAUGUCGGAACAACGGUACCUGCACGGUACUAGAAGAAGGUCGAUUCAGCUGCCAAUGUAUGUCCGGCUAUUCGGGAGCUCGAUGUGAAAUCAACAUCGAUGACUGUACGAGUCACAAAUGCCUAAACAAUGCAACUUGCCUGGAUGGCGUGAACUCGUACAGUUGUGCGUGUCUGCCUGGAUUCACUGGACCAUACUGUGACUCAAAGAUAGAAUUUUGCGGGAAGGAUUUCAACCCGUGUCAGAAUGGUGCCAAAUGCGUUGAUCAUUCUACUCACUACAGCUGCGAAUGUGUUGCCGGCUAUCGAGGGCUUAACUGCUCGGACAAUAUCGACGACUGUGUCAAUCACAUGUGCCAGAACGGAGGAACUUGCAUCGACGGUAUUAACGAUUAUGUUUGCAAAUGUCCAACCGAAUUUACUGGGAAGUUCUGUGAAGGUACUCCGAUGGUGGCAAUGCUCUAUCCGCAGACGUCUCCUUGUCAGCAUCAUGAGUGCAAGUUUGGCGUUUGCUUCCAACCGAAUCCAUCUAGUGCUGACUAUGUCUGCAAAUGUGCUCCAGGGUACUCUGGAAAACGGUGCGAAUAUCUAACCAGUUUGACGUUCCUGCACAACAAUUCAUUCGCUGAGCUGGAGCCACUACGAACGAAACCUGAGGCCAAUGUUACCAUAAUUUUCAGCAGUACGCAGCAGAACGGAGUUCUGAUGUACGAUGGAAACAACGAUCACCUUGCCGUAGAACUAUUUAACGGAAGGAUACGAGUCAGCUACGAUGUGGGCAACUAUCCAGUUUCUACGAUGUACAGCUUUGAAAUGGUUGCUGAUGGGAAGUAUCACAUGGUAGAACUGCUGGCAAUUAAGAAAAAUUUCACUCUUCGUGUUGAUCGAGGGCUAGCUCGAUCGAUAAUCAACGAGGGAUCGAAAGAAUUUCUCAAAUUGACCACGCCAAUGUUCCUCGGAGGUCUACCACCCGAGCCGGGUCAGCAGGCAUACAAGUUGUGGCAUCUUCGGAAUCUAACUAGCUUCAAAGGAUGCAUGAAAGAAGUUUGGAUCAACCACAAGCAGGUUGAUUUUCUGAACGCUGCUCGUCAACAGAAAGUGACGCCGGGUUGCUCUCUGCUUGAUGCUGAAAACGACGGCGAUGUAGAAGAAGAUUUCAUGCAGGAAACGCCAAUGAUUCUGAAAGAGGUGGACCCAUGUGAAAAUCAUCAGUGCAAACGUGGUGGAAAAUGCAUACCUAAUGGUCGAGGUGGCUACUCAUGCAAGUGUAAAAACGGUGCCAAAGGCAGAUUCUGCGACCAAGGUGAGGGCACGGUAUCGGUAGUCGUCGACGAGGACCCGUUCAAAGCUCCCUCUUCCGCGGGAUCAUCCACAUGCCGGAAGGAACAGGUUCGAGAAUACUACACCGAGAACGACUGCCGCUCUCGACAGCCACUUAAGUACGCCAAGUGCAUCGGUGGUUGCGGAAAUCAAUGCUGCGCAGCCAAAGUCGUACGACGAAGAAAAGUACGCAUGGUGUGUAGCAACAAUACCAAAUACAUCAAGCACCUAGAUAUCGUGCGCAAAUGCCAUUGUACAAAGAAAUGCUACUGACUGCAAGACGCGACUACCCGAACAACAAUAACAACUACAACACCAAUACCAGCAGCAGCAGUGCAAGUAGCAGGAUUCGAUAGUUUAGGAUUAGGAUCAUCUAGGUUUAGCGAGGCAGGAGAUAGAGUAAGAAACGUUAGUUCUAAUGAUAAAUGGGUCAAUUUCGAGACCGACUUUGAUGAGGACGAAAUGAUGCAAAAUGACGAUGCAGGUGUGGGGUCCAGCGAACCGAUGGAUGACUUCCAGAAGGUUAUGAAGCACCUAGAGCAGAUGAAGACAAAGCCGUUGUUCACUCAGGAGGAGGAGGAAGAAGUCAAGGAAGAUGACGAUCUCUUCGAUGAUGAUGAAGAUUACGAAGAUGCCCAUUCGGUGAUUCAAAAGCAAAAACAGAGAGACCAAGAAAGCGAAAAACAGGCUUUUGAUGAAGAUGACGACUAUUACGAUGAUUAUAGCGAUGAAGAAUUUGACAGCAAGAAAUCUGAUCAAAAGGGUAAAUCGUCAACUGGUUCGUCGACGGAUAGCAAGAAUGUGAUGCAAGAUUUCAUGAAGGGUAAAACCGCAGCACAUCGUUUCAAGUCUCGGCUCGACGAUUUCGCUGAUGACGGUGACGAGUUGUUAUCAUCUGGUAGUCGUAAGUUACGGAAGAAUGACUCAAUUAAAGUAAUCACUACUCCGAAUGGAAAGGUGGGAAUAUUGUACAAAGUAGAACCAACGUCUCCUGAAGACGACAAGACGAAGAAGUCAAACGAGAGGCAAAAUGGAACCAUAGAAGUUCAUCAGAAAAUCACGCCGGUAAUGACGGCCGAUGGUAAAGUUGCUCUCUUGUACCGCGGUGCCUCGGAUAACAGCGAAACUUUCCGGAACAAGUAUGAACCCAUCACCAAUAAGGACAUUCUGACACAACUGAUCGACAAUAAUAACAAGAGUACUACUAGUAGCAGUAGCAGUAACGCUCUCAACAGUAUUAAAAAUAUUACCACAAAAAAUAGUAUUUAUAAUAGUAAUUACGAUAGUUAUGAUAGUUUUAAUAGGAACAGCAACAAUGUGAUCAUAGACCCGGCGACGGUUGAAUCUGAUUCUAUCGACAGCUAUGUAAACAAUAGACACCUAACGAACGGGGCGCAGCCGGAAACUGCGUCCCAUGAACCGACUCCGUCUCUCGGGACGGAGCUACAAAGUACUUUUACUACUACUGCCACUAUGACUACUACAACGAUGGCGUCACUUCCCCGGCGGGAAGAUUCGCUGAACCCAAUUCCGGAUGAGAACGAUCAUCUUUACCAAGAACGCCAAGAAAACACACUGCUGAUCAAUCGUCCUCUGUCGGAGGUUUUAGGCAUUAAGAAAAAUUUGUACCUAGACACUAGUGUAAAAAUACCAAAUAUAGAAACGUCAACUCACAAGAUGAGAAUUACCAACAGCAACAAUCUUCUGUCGUCACUACUGAGCAGUAUAAACGGAAGUGACAACAGCACUGGCCCCAACAACAGGAUAGUAAGCAACUAUGUCAGCAAAAACUUUCGAAACAAUGCCAAUGUCGAGUACGAAGACAGACUUUCCCUGGGCGACCGAGGAGGAUACAGCGUGAACGGGUUCAGUCGGUCCCGCUUCUCGAUCAACCGUCGAACCACACCAGCACUGCCUCCCCGGGUCGUUAAGGAAGAAAGUGACGAAGAAUGGGCCACUUCGGAUGACAACUCGGUCGAAGUGGUCAAUUUUGCAAUAAUUCCAGCAUUCGAACACGAAAUAGAUGAAAAGUACAUCCGGCCUUAUGGAGAUGACCACUACCACCGACGCCAUAGGCACCAUUACAACAACAUGGCCCCAGGGCAUCCCACUGUGCAUUGUGCAAUGCAGGUCAUCGUUGCCUGCGUUGUUCUGGGAACGUUCUUCGGCAUAGCAGGGGCAUUUUUUCGAUUUAGGAUCAUCGAUCAAAUCCGAAUACUCUACUGGUAGAAGCUGCACGGUAUUCGGUUGAGAAUAGAAUCUCCUAGCAAUGGUACUAAACGGAAUUAUCAGAACUAUUACUACCAUCUAUACCGGAAUCUAGUGACUAGGUAGUAGAACGCUUCUCAAUUGAAUACCACUAAGGAAGAUUCAAGCUGAUCCCAUAGUGAGCUUAACCCUAUAACCGUAAGAUACAAAGAAAUGACUGUGUGGAACUCUGUCGUAUUAAAUGUCGUAGUUUAGAUGAAACACCCAUCAAGCUAGAGAUGUAUUGAUAGACUGGACCCAGUAGAUAACAUUCAUCGGCAUACAACGGAACCCAAACUACAUGUAUAAUAAUAAAUCAAGUGUCUGAAUGAGGAAACACAUCGAUUCAUCCACACGACAGUCGAUAGUCCUGCUUCUGUUAUUUCAUUAUCGAAAUCGGAACGAAAAGGUUAAUUUAAAGGAAAUGCAAUUGUUAUAUAGCUAGUAUUAAAAAUAAUUUAUUGAAGCAGAACAAAAUGUCACCUUUGUCAAUAGUUGUAAAAUAUUUUUGUACAUCUCACUUACCAUUCAAUUCAACGUUGCAUUUGACAGUUAUGUACACAGAUUCAUCUGAACAAAGCAUCAUAUAACGAUAGAUAUGUUUCAAUUGACCAGAACAUGACGAGAACAAAAGAAAACGAACACACAACACAAAGGGUAGUCGCGUAAAAUAACGUUAUUUUUUAAUCGAAGUCAAUGAAUAGAAGUUGAACGAGCAUUUAUUUAACUGAUAGGAUACGGAUAGUAAACUGUUUUUAAUUGGAAUAGCAGAAAAAAGGAAUGUCGAUGAAACGGAACAUUCGAAAGAGAUGAAAAACGAACGAACAAACAAAAAAAAUGUAAAUCUUGCCUUUUUAAAACGAAGAAAAUUUGAUAGAAACGAACGAUCAUCCAGAGAAAAGAAUAUCAAGGAGGUGAAAAUUUAUCAAACAAAUAUUUUUUAAACGCUGAAAAGUAAGCAUCGUGCAAGCAUAUAAAUUGGAAAGUAUAUUUUAUUAACAGUGCGAAAUCGUAGCUAAUGAAAAAUCCUGUUGAUUAGUUUUGGCAGAGAGUAUUUAUUAUCAUUAUAAUCCUGAUUUUAGUUCUCACCUAAAAACAAAACUCCUAUACUCAUCUAACUACUACAGUGGUGUCUCCCAAUGUAACCUGUAGACUCUGUAACACCGUUUCAAAACAUGGUAAACAAAGUUAGCACUAAAAAAAUGGCUUCUGCCCACGGCAAGCAGCCGAUGGGGAAAAUCAUUAAGCACUGUAACUUUUAAUCGAAUAUACUCAGAUGUAUUUCUACCAUACUAUUAAAACCUUCACUAUUCUGUAUCCUUUACGAAUCAUUGUCAUAAUCAUUUCCCUAGAUAAAACCAAAACCAGACCAUAGAUAAAGGAAAAAAAAAACAAGGAAACAAACGAUGUAUUGAUGGUCUAAAAAAACAAGGAGUUACUUUACCACGUAAAUGUUAAACGGCUAAAUGUAUCCUUUAUUUUCGAGAUUUCAUUCAACUUCGGACUGCUAUAUGGAUGUUGCCAUUGAUAAGCAUUUUCUUUUGAAUUUCAAGAUUGAGCUUUAUGUUAACCUGUAUUGUUACAAACGUAUAAAAUAACUGAUUUUGCUCUUUUUAAAUUAUCGAAAGCGAAUAUUAUUUUAUUUACCCCAUGUAUUAUAGAUAAUAGCAAGCAGCUAAAAUAUACUGUCUUAUACAGAAAUUUUAUUUAA